AUGGUGAGCAAUCGGGGCGAGUCGAGGCUUUUUAUCUCGCCCGCGACACGCAACUGAUCCACUGCCUCCCCCCUCUCUAUCUGUUCACCUCUAGCCUGCUGCACCCAAGGUCGCUAAGAAGAGCGUGGGCGAGAAGUACUUUGUUGUGCGUACAUGCGCGCAUUGCGGUAGGCCGCAGGAUGUUCGCACGUUGACCAGGGCAGGACUCACACGUGUACCUCCAUCCUGACCUCACAGGACUUCUCCGGCCCCGCUGCCGACGGUAUUCUGGACGCUGCUACUUUCGAGAAGUACCUUCACGAUCGCAUCAAGGUAGAGGGCAAGGCCGGACAGCUCGGAGAUGUGGUCAAGGUGGCUCGUGAGGGCGAAGGCAAGAUUUGGGUCACCACCACCAUUCCCUUCUCCAAGCGUUACCUCAAGUACCUCACCAAAAGAUACCUGAAGCGCAACCAGCUCCGUGACUGGCUUCGCGUUGUUGCUACCUCCAAGCAGGGCUUUGAGAUCAAGGUAAGUCAACCGGCAAAGCUGACAUCGCUGGCCUUGGACCAGCUCUAGAGCACUCGCAAAUGGCCCGAGAAAUGAUGGCUCGCAUUUUUGGGCCUUGCGUGCUGAUCACUACUCUCUCCUUCUCGCGUUCCGCAGUUCUUCAACGUGGCCGGUGUCGACGCCGACGAGGAGGAGUAA